GUCUCCUUGCAGAACCCCGUUUCCAUGGAAACCGCAUGGCGCGAGUCCUUAGUUCCUCUGUAGCUUCUUGGGGCUGGAGCUGGAGUUGGAAGCCGGUUCGCACAGAGGCUUGGCUGUGUGGAGGAGCUUGUAGUCAUGAGUUCAAUGCACACCUCCAUCGGGUUCUGACGUUGGGGCGAAGCAUUCCCAGUAUUUGGAGAAGGAAGUGCUUCAGCUCCGGGAAUGAGCCGGCAGAAAGCAACCACGUGACACCGAUGCUGCGGCAUCUUAUGUAUAAAAUAAAGUCUACAGGUCCCAUCACUGUGGCCGAGUACAUGAAGGAGGUUUUGACCAAUCCAGCCAAGGGAUAUUACGUGCACCAUGAUAUGCUAGGAGAAAAGGGAGACUUUAUUACUUCACCUGAAAUAAGUCAAAUCUUCGGGGAGCUACUCGGGGUGUGGUUCGUUAGUGAAUGGAUGGCCUCCGGAAAGAGUACAGCCUUCCAGCUGGUGGAACUUGGUCCAGGUCGGGGUACCCUCACAGCAGAUAUUUUGAGGGUGUUCAGUCAGCUUGGGUCUGUGCUAAAAACCUGUGACAUUUCAAUACACCUUGUAGAGGUGAGCCAAAAGUUAAGUGAGAUCCAAGCACUGACACUGACCGAGGAGACAGUCCCUUUGGAGAGAGAUGCUGAAUCCCUAGUGUACAUGAAAGGUGUCACGAAGUCUGGGAUUCCAAUCUCCUGGUAUCGAGACCUGAAGGAUGUUCCUACAGGAUACAGCUUUUAUCUCGCACAUGAGUUUUUUGAUGUUCUUCCUGUGCAUAAAUUUCAGAAAACACCACAUGGAUGGAGAGAAGUGUUUGUUGAUAUCGACCCACAAUCUCCUGAUAAACUGAGGUUCGUCUUGGCGCCUUGUGCGACUCCAGCAGAAGCCUUCAUACAACGCGAUGAAAGAAGGGAGCAUGUGGAGGUUUGUCCUGAUGCUGGGGUUGUCAUCCAGGAACUGUCCCAGCGCAUUGCAUCAACUGGAGGUGCUGCCCUGAUUGCGGAUUACGGUCACGAUGGAACAAAGACUGACACCUUGAGAGGGUUUUAUGAACACCAGCUGCACGAUGUCCUGACAGCUCCUGGAACAGCAGACCUGACAGCUGACGUAGACUUCAGUUACCUGCGCAGAAUGGCACAAGGACGAGUAGCUUCUCUGGGUCCCGUGGAACAAAGAACAUUUCUAAAAAACAUGGGCAUUGAUGUGCGGCUGAAGGUUCUUUUGGAUAAAGCAGGUGACCCAUCCCUGCAGCAGCAGCUACUUCGGGGAUACGAUAUGCUAAUGAAUCCUCAGAAGAUGGGAGAGAGAUUUCACUUCUUUGCCUUGCUGCCUCAUCAGAGACUUCAUGUGGGAAGUCAAGGAGGGAAGGCCUGCCAGUCAGAAGCCCCCUCGACCUCUGUACCUGGGUUUGAUGAACUGGUUUGGCACUGAUAUUUCAGCUGCCUUGAUUAUCAGAAUAAAAGAAAUUCACUUUGCAUACUGAAGUUGACUUAAGUACUCACACUGUCAACUCUUUUCAGUCGAUGGCCUGUUUUAUAUGAACACAAUCAAAACGGUAAAAUGUUAAAGGUUAUAACCAACUCCUGGUAUAAUUGUUUUCAACCCAGUGAAGCAGUUUAUUGUGAAAUUGUUUCCUUUAUCAAAUUACUGUAUUUCUACUUACUUUUUAAAAACAUAUGAGCACUGAUUGGUUUGCUAUUUUCAGGGAUCCGAGUCAACAGAUCUGGAUAUUUUUAAAGGGCAAAAGGCAGUGUAUUCUGAUAGAAGGCUCUCUAAGGUUUAGUAUUUGAAAGAAGUCAGAUGUGAGUUUCUAGAGUUAAGAUCCUGUUUUUGCUGAGGAGAUAAUUAACUGAAUAUGCCAGUAUACACUUGGUUCUCUGGUCUGUGGAGUGCACAGAUGAAGGCAGAGUGACUGGUAAGGAGUCAGCAGUUCUCCAUUCUGGAAGCAGGAUUCAGAAUACACAUGCUUCUGUGGAUGAAAGUAAAGACUGAUAACUACAAUUUUAAAGAAGUCAUAAGUCAUAGUUAAAAAGACUGCAGCAAAUCUGACUUUUACUGAAGUAAGAAUUAAGAGCAAUGUUAACUAUCCAGGAGGAACAAUUUCCUAGGCUGAGCUCAUUCUGUUGUAUUUUCAGGUCAAUACACAAUUUUAGUUCUGUAUUAAAUUGGUCUGUAGAACCAUUCUAUUUAUCCUGUAAAUGGGCAUUCCUUAUCAGCAGCAGUCCUGAGGAGCUGAGGUGGGAAUGGUAUUAGCCAUGCCUCAGCCUGUGGUAACUGCAGUGAAAGUCACUGAUGGAGUGGUAUGCCACUGACUCAUUUAUUCCCGUUUCCGCUUAGCCGAGCGUGGCCUUAACCUUCUGUGUCUUCGUCUGUGAGAGGGACCAGGCUAGAACACUUGAAAGAAGUAAAUAAUUACUUAUAUUAUUCUUUGUGCUGGCAUCCCAAUAAACGAACCCUCUAGAUAAUUAUGUCAAA